UUUUUUUUUAUCUGUCUUUCACAAUCAUUCUCUGUUCAAAGUUUUGCUCCAAUCAUCACUUUAUAUUAUUACAGUCAUAUAAUACUACAAUUAAACUGCUUAUUAUUAUUAUUACAAUUUUUUGUAAGUAUCUUUGUAAUUAUUUGAUCCUGAUUCAGAGCUAAAUUUACUGGUGCAGUUAAAAAAUAUUGAACUUUAUGAAUGGGGAUGUGAUGAAGCAGUUUUCAAUUGAUAAUUUAUCUUCUGUUCCUGCUAUGAGCUCUCCGGUGAAUAUAUCUAAGGAAAUGGAAAAUGGUGCACUGGGGAUUUUAGAUGGAUCCGACUCCUUGCAUGCUCCAAGUGAUGCUGUCCUUUUCUCUACUUCUUUACCUGUUCUUCCACAUGAAAAAUUAGAUUUAGUCGACACAGAAUGUGCUCGCCAAUCCAUUGACGAUUCCUCAUCUGGUUUGGAUAAGCUUGGACAGGAUGUGGAGGGUGGCGAUUUAUUUGAUGACGUUGAAGCUCAUCCAAUCGGGAGUUUACUUCCUAAUGAUGAAGAUCAGCUUUUAGCUGGCAUAAUGGAUGAUUUUGAUCUGACUAGGCUACCUAGCUCAUUAGAUGAUUUGGAGGAUUAUGAUUUAUUUGGUAGCGGGGGAGGCAUGGAACUUGAAAACGACCCACAAGAAAACCUGAGCAUUGGCAUCUCAAACAUAAGUUUAUCUGAUGGAAUUCCUGGGAAUGGGAACGUGAAGCUGCAUUAUGGACUUCCAAAUGGUGGGGCAACUGUUGCCGGAGAACACCCUCUGGGGGAGCAUCCUUCAAGAACGUUGUUUGUUCGUAAUAUUAAUAGCAAUGUUGAAGACAUAGAACUGAAAACUCUCUUUGAGCAAUUCGGUGACAUCAGAACUCUCUACACUGCUUGUAAACACAGGGGUUUUGUGAUGAUAUCCUAUUAUGAUAUUCGUGCUGCUCGAACUGCUUUACGUGCACUGCAAAACAAACCGCUACGGCGGAGGAAACUCGAUAUUCACUUUUCGAUUCCGAAGGAUAAUCCAUCAGACAAAGAUAUUAAUCAAGGAACACUGGUAGUAUUUAAUCUGGAUCCAUCAGUUUCAAAUGAAGAGCUACGAAUAAUUUUUGAGGAAUUUGGCCAGGUCAAAGAGAUAAGGGAAACUCCACACAAGAAGCAUCAUAAGUUUAUUGAAUAUUACGAUGUUAGAUCUGCAGAAUUAGCACUUAAGGCAUUAAAUAGGAGAGAUAUAGCUGGUAAACGCAUAAAAUUAGAGCCUAGUCGUCCUGGUGGAGCUCGGCGAAACUUAAUAUUGCAACUUAAUCAAGAGCUUGAAUUGGAUGAACCUCGAAGUGUACGACAGCCUCCUGUAGGUUCACCCGUAACCAACCCUUCACCAGUUUUGAGUACAGGUAAUUGGGCACAGUUUAGCAGUUCUGCUGAAUAUAAUCCACUGCAAAGUAUCAGCAAAUCCCCAGUUUUCCAGAAUUUGAGCCCAACAGCUGGCAACCAUUUAGCUGGAUUGGCAUCAAUUCUUCACUCUCAAGGAUCAAAUUCUGCAAAAGUUGCGCCAAUUGGUAAAGACCAAGGAAGGGGUAGUCUUGUGGAGCAUACAUUUACAAACAUGAAUUCAGCCCAUGGAAGUGCAUCCCAACAGUCACAUUCAUUGCCCGAGUCAAAUUUGAAUCACUAUCAUGGAAGUAUGUCGUCCUUUAGUGGCCGUUCAUCUUCUAACGGAUCUGUUUUGGAAACAUUAUCAGGUCCACAGUUUCUUUGGGGAAGCCCAAAGCCAUAUUCGCUGCACAACACUACUUCUGCCUGGCCAACAGCAUCUGCAGCCCACCCAGUUUCAUCCAAUGCAAAGAGCCAUGGAUUUUCUUAUGCGGGUCAGCAUAGUUCUAUCCCUGGCUAUCCCCAGAAUCAUCAUCAUAUUGGUUCUGCUCCCUCCAGAGUUCCAUUGGAGAGGCACUUUGGAUUUUUCCCGGAGUCACCAGAAACAACAUUCAGGAGUCCUGUUGCAUUUGGGGGCAUGGGUUUAGGCCAAAAUGAUGGAAGUUUUAUGAUGAAUAUGAGUGGUCGAGCUUCCAUGAAUAAUGCGGCCAGCAUUGCAAGAAACAUGUCUGAAAAUGGUUCUUCAAGUUACAGGAUGAUUUCUUCACCAAGGCUAAGUCCUGUGUUUUUGGGCAAUGGACCAUACCCAGGAGUGGCACCCUCCAUUAUGGACGGUUUUACUGAUCGUGGACGGAGCCGACGGGUUGAGAAUAAUGGGAACCAAGUAGAGAGUAAGAAGCAGUUUCAGCUCAACUUGGAUAAGAUUAUGAACGGGGAAGACACUCGGACUACUUUAAUGAUAAAAAACAUCCCAAAUAAAUACACCUCAAAAAUGUUGCUAGCUGCCAUUGAUGAAAAUCACAAGGGUAGUUAUGAUUUUCUCUAUUUACCAAUUGAUUUUAAGAAUAAAUGCAAUGUGGGUUAUGCCUUUAUAAACAUGUUAUCUCCUUUACACAUCAUUCCGUUUUAUGAGGCGUUUAAUGGUAAAAAGUGGGAAAAGUUUAACAGUGAGAAGGUUGCCUCUCUGGCAUAUGGCCGAAUCCAGGGAAAGGUAGCUCUUGUGACACAUUUCCAAAAUUCAAGCUUAAUGAAUGAAGAUAAGCGCUGCCGCCCAAUUCUGUUCCAGUCAGAGGGGCAAGAAGACGGUGAUCAGAUUGUCUUGGAACAUUUGCCUUCUGGAAGUUUGAACAUCCAGUUUCGUCAGCCAGACGGCUUACAUUCCAGAGACAUUCUAGGAAGCCCUACAAAAGAUGGCACUCUCGAGAGGCCAGAGAACAGUUAACAAUAUGUCAGACGGAGAUUGCCCUCAGCCUGACUGACAGCGGCUGUGGGCGCUAACCCCUGCGUAUAUAUCCAAGUGUAUAAAAAAAAGUUAGGAUGAGAUUGAAUAGGAAAAAAGAUUUUCUUUUGCUGGUAUAGUUUUGAAAGCAGCAAGAGCAUUAAGUACUUGUGCUGAUCAGAGUUGAGGGAGAAGAACAAUCCGUUAACUUCGGUGGCAGAAACGAGAGGUCUUGUUGUCGAAUGUGUAUGCCACCAAUUUGUGCAGGCUUUAUCAUCAGGAUUAUUUCUUUUUCUUUUUUUGUUUCAGGGAUAUGGGUCUCAUAAUUUCAUCUGCAAAUGUGUGUAAUGGUAUAAAGAUGAAUGUAUUCUUAGGAUUUUUCUGGUUUUGAGGGUUGAUGGUGUAACAUGAGAAUUUAUACAGAGCUGUACAGUUGAUGGGAUUACUCUCUUUUGGAUUAAUCCCUUAAAUUCGUUCCUUAAUAGAAGCUAAUUUUGUGUCUAA